AAGCAACAUGGAUCUUUUUUUCUAUUGUUGCACCGCUUUGCGCUCUGGUCCUCGCUCUCAUCUCAUUUCCUUUCCUAGGCUCAUUUUCUCGACCUCCACUAUCAGAGGACGUGCGUUGGUGUCUUAUGCAACCCGCUAGGUAGUGCAUCAUUGUAUCUUUUUUGGGAUCAUGCACGUUUUGCUUUGGCGCGGCGACUGCGACUGCGAUGGCCCAUGAGAAUUGCGGCCCUGGGCAGGCGUCUAUAAGAUUUCCUCGCCGCGCACCAACGCAGCAGAACACAUUCAUCAAUUCCUUGCUACGAAUUGACUGGGCUUUCCCUGCAGAGCUUUUGCAUCGUAUCCUGAACAGCUCGUUGGCGGAGACACAUUACAAGGGAGCCACUUGACCGUCUUCCCUCUUGCUUUGUAUUAGCUAUUGUGUCUUGGCUUCAGCGCCAUUGAGUCUCCAGCAUCCAUCAAAAAAAAAAAAUACAAUGGCAAUCCAUUCUCUUUUCUCGCGGUUUUAUCUGCAUCCGCGCUCUCUUCUCAACGCAGUCAUCUUCGCCCUCUGUCUCGCGAUACUAUUCAGCAGCCCAUCCGCGGCUCUACCUCACUUUUCACCUACUCGCAAGACGCGCACGCUCGGAGACCUGUCCUCCUGCGCGCUCCCUACCACCGCUGGUUCCAGCUCAUUGCCUACACCCAGCACCAGCCUUCAACUCAAACACGUUGCCGUAGGCCGGGGCGUGCAAAACUACACCUGCGCCUCAUCCACGUCUUCAUCCGUGCCCAAGGCAAUCGGCGCCGUCGCCACCUUAUUCACCGCGGAUUUAUUUGCGGAAGUCGACCAACAAGGACUCAAUGACGCAAUGAGCAUGAUUGUUGAGAUGCCCAAUCCGUCCGCAUAUAGCAGCCUCGGGCCCCUCAAUUUGUUCGCCCUCGGCCAUCAUUACUUUUCGGCCGAUGGCACCCCGACCUUUGAUCUGGGCAGCGUGGGUUUCUUCCACGGCGCUAAGCUUGCGGAUAUUCCAGCCCCGGCAAACGCGCCCAAGGGCCAAGUCGGAGAGGCAGCUGUCGACUGGUUGACUCUCGGUGAUAAAGGCGGAAGCACCGGUAUUCUUGAGGUAUAUCGAGUCUGGACUGCCGGUGGGUCCCCGCCAACAACAUGUGAUGGCCAAGAGGAAGUCAUUUCGGUCCAGUAUGCGAGCCAGUAUUGGCUUUUUGGGUAGUGUGGUUGAGCAACAUUGCCAGGGGUCCCGGGGGAGGGCCCGCGGAAAGGUAGAGAAGGGCAGGGUGCGUGUGUGGAGAGGAUCAAUUGACAACGGAGGCUUUUUGAAUUUUAGUUUCAGCAUUUUGUUUUUUUCCUUUCCUCUCUCUUUUCGAAAUUCGGAUUCGGUCGUUUUAUUGCUUUGAUGCAAUCAUACCCACUCAUGUUAAGUCUAUUUUUGUUAUUUACUCUCAUUGAUUAUUAAAAGUUGGAGGAAGGGGGCGAAGGAAGAGCGCGCAAGUGGUGGGACUGGAUGAGGAAAAUAGUGGAUAACGAGAGAUGGG